AUGUUCAGAGUGCUAGGAGCUCUUACAGGCUCUAGGAGCUCUAAAGCAUUGGAUAACGAAGACCAAAGCCAGAAGAUUCUCAAUCAGGCGCACGAUUUUGAACUGGCUUUGCAAGCGAUGGAUUAUGUCUUGGAUGACCAUCCAAGACGGGGAAUGGACCUGCUGCAAGACGAUCAAGAUAGCGACAAAGAGGAUGACGAUCGUAGUGUUCGCGUGCUUGCCCGUGGAGUCAUUGAGUUUCUAGAAGCCACUUUAGGGUUUGAAGCCAAUGCAAUGAAAAAAGCCGCAGCUACGUUGGCAGAAGCACAGCAGUUGUCACAGAAAAGAAGACAAUAUUUCCAGAAAAUCAAGCUUAAAACCAGCUCUUUGUAUCCACCUGGUACUGAAUAUGCUGUUACUUUCACAGAAGCCUGUCUGUUGCACGCUUUAUUGAUGCUUUUCAGCGAAAGCAUGGUAGAGAGUGCCAAAGCACUGUUCAAGCUCAGAAAGGCGUAUCAUAUGCUACAGGAGGUACUUAAUGAAAUCAAAGCGGCAAAAGAGAAGAACAAAGGGUCUCUCUACACACAGGACGCCAACGGAUCGUUUGCCUCCUUUGCCACAGCCGAUAGCACAACCUUUACUUCGGUCGAUAUUCCAUACCAGCUAACGCCACAGGAACAGCAAGACCGAGAACUCAUGCAGCUAGCGGAGGACGUUUACAAAAUGCGUAAAAGAAGGCUUGACGGAGCCCAUAUCGGCAAUUCUCCAGCUGCAGAGAGAUUAAGAACAGAUUUGGGCCUUCAGUCUUUGAAAGACCUUUCGAAAUCAAAGAGUACGAAGAAGCCCGUGGUGCUAUCCGAAGAUGAAAUAGAACAAGACCAGGCAACCAUCGAUGAAUUCAUCCAUUCCGGCGUCAAUUUGUGCUUCGGAAUCUUACAAGUGGUUCUAUCACUCAUUCCUCCUGCAAUUGGCGCUGUCCUCUCAGUUGUGGGAUUUCAUGGCUCCCGAGAGGAUGGGUUGCGCAUGAUCUGGCGCUCAACAAAAGACCGCAACAUUCAUGGUGGAAUAGGUCUUCUUUCGCUGCUUUUUUACCACGAUGGCCCAUUCCAGUUUACCGAUGUGGAUUUUGAUGUUCCUGCUGCCAACGGGGAUGCCACAGAUGCUAAAUCCGAUGAGCUACCCACAGCAACGCUGCUUCACCCCGGUAAAUUAUUAGAGGACUCUCUUCUUCGGGCUAGGGCUGUAUUCCCCAACAGUGCGUUAUGGCUUCUGCAAGAGGCUCGGAUGCUUUCCUCCCAGGGAAGAUCCCAGGAAGCUGUGGAUUUAAUGGAUUCUAUUGAUGUUAAUGAAAUAGAGAUGAGACAGGUGAAAUCUUUAAUGGUUUUCGAUCGUGCUAUGACUCUCGUUCAUCUUCACGAGUUCGAAAGAGCAGCAAAGGAACUAAUUUUGCUUUUAGACAUGAGUGAAUGGUCACCUGCGUUGUAUACAUACUUUGCAGGAUGUUGCUACUUGGAGAAAUACCGGAUGUGCGAGAUGGGUGUGCUUGACGAUCCUCGUAAAAAUUUCUAUAAAGAGCGUGCGGCCAGUCUGAUCUUUGAAUCACCGGAGAUGGCGGGCAAGAAAAGAUUUAUGGCGAAGAUCACGCCAUUGGAAAGAUUCAUGCUACGGAAAGUGGACCAGUUCAAGAAAAACCAAGCUGCCUUGAAUGUGUCCGAUCCUCUUGACGCUAUUGGGGUUUCUCCUGUACACGAACUGAUGUAUUUUUACAACGGCUACAAUCGGAUGAGCGAAGAGGCACUGGUUGUGUCUCACAAGCUGCUUACUGAGUACACCAAUCCGAUGCUGGAAACCAAAGACCCAGAUCAGGAGUUGAUCAGAAAUUUGCUUACUUCUCUCACUUUGCGUAGGUUGGGCAAGGUGGAAGAAGGUUGUGCACUUUUGGACACCAACGUUUUGCCUGCACUGAUCACCAUAGAAGCCCCUGAUAAAGUCAAAUACAUCAAAAAGACAGAGGAUCCGUGGGCAUACCCAACGGCCCUCUAUGAGCGUGCUCUUUUCACUUGGAAGCUCAAGAGACUUGAUGGCAUUGAUGAAUGCCGAACUUGGUUGACUAGAGCCCAAAACUACGCAGAUGACUACGAACUGAGUACACGGAUAGGAAUGAAGAUCAAAGCUGCUCUCGACAGGGUAGACGUUUGA